AUGCCCGGAACAACUGCCAGCAGCCAAGCGCCCUCUCCCAACUUCAAUCCUGCCGAUGAAGAACGUCGCCGUCUUUUUAUUAAGGCAUACUUCACCUUCCACUGCCAGUGGGAUGAAGAGAAGUGGCGAUCUCUCCAGGCCCAGGCAGAAUCGGAUGUCUUUACCAUUCUGCACAAGCAUGUUCAUCUUGUGGUGGGCAACGUCCAUGUCGCCUACGUUGCCGACGACUUCGCAAAGCAGAAUAAUGGAAGAGGGUCUUCCGGGGGUGCUCGGAGGAACUCCAACAGUGGCUAUAUUAUUAGGAAUGGGUUUGCGUACGUGCUCAAUGCCAGGAACGUCAGUGGUCGUGUGAAUGACGAACGCUUUGCUGCGUUUGGCGGCCUCCUAGAAGGCGCAACUGGCGCGAUGGAGGUACCACCUCCUGACAUUCCCGGGCGGAUGCAGCAUCAAGAGUUUAUGCGUGGUAUAUUCAUGGCUGAUUAUGAAUCCAGGCGUGAAGUGAGACGGCGCAAAUGUAGAAACUGCAAGUGUUCUACGCACUCCCUGAAGAACUGCCUUUAUGCCAUCGAAUGUUACAUUACUAGUUGCAUCCUUUGUGACACCGAGGGCCAUGCUAUCUACCAAUGUCGACAAUUUGAAGCAAUGAACUUGAAGGAUAGGAUUCAUGUCCUCAUCCAUGAUCGAGCCAAACGACCCGCAUUGAAAACUUCCAUCGCUUGGUGGAAGUAUCUGCGCGAUUACGCAGAGGCAGGAGGCAAUGAAAUGCCCAAGGAGUUUCCCUGGUCCGCCGAGUUUGCUAUGGGCAAAGCCAAGCGAGAUGAUGGCCUCUUCAUCUUGGGUCUUCAAACUCGCUGGGAUGAGAAGCGAAACAUGGGCGAUCUGCCUACAGAUCCCAAACAUGCUUCUGCGGAAGAUGUCGUUCCCUUGUACAUUGGCACCUACUUCUUGCCAACCGAGGCAUCGGAGGCUUAA